CUUCGUACAUAAUCACAACAUCUGGGAUUUACAAUAACAAGAUGAUUGUCCUACAUUAUGUUUCUUAUUCUUAUCAGACUUGCACGUAGAGUAUGGGAAAUCUUGCAACAAAAUGGCGAAAGGUUUUAAAGGAGGCAUUAACCUUACGGCCUGCAGGCCGAUUUCUUCAACGCCAUCCUUCAGUUCUCUGCUUAUUGUUUUUUCUUGUAAUAUUGUACAAGUACUUCUUCAGCUGGUUUACCCUCCUUUUGGCCGCAUCACCUAUCUUCCUAUUCACUGGCUUCUUCCUUGGAAUCAUUCUAGCUUAUGGUGAACCAAACAAUCCAGAAAAUGAUCAUGUCUACAAAAAGAUACAAAAAGUUAAAAGUCGGAAUAUCCAUGAUAAUGGUAAAUCAGCUGGGGGUGUAUCUCUUCAAAGAAUUCUAUCUAGUGAGGAGGCCAAACACAACAACAGAGAGCAGAAAAUCCAGAAGGGAGUUCAAGGUGGAUGCUCUUCUUCUGAAUCAGGAUCAGCUGCAUCAGAUGGCUCAGAAACCGAUACCCAUCCAAUGCUCCACACAUUUCAUCAGCUUAGGUCAGGCACCAGUUCAUCAGUGUCAUCUCAAGAUGGCGAUUCCAAUGAACGUAGCACUGACGAUGAAACUGAGAAGGAAGAGGUCAAUGCUGACAAUGAACAUGACGAGGAAGGUGUUAAAGUUGUGGCAUGGAGCGCUGAUGAUCAGAAGAACAUACUAAAAAUUGGAUGUUUGGAGAUAGAGAGAAACCAAAGGUUGGAGAUGUUGAUUGCUAGGCAUAGGGUUAGGAAAGACGUAGAUAGGAACUUGAUAGAUUUUGGUAGUGGUGAUUCCAUCCCAACAGUGGAGGAGUUAUCAAAGUUCAAUGUUCAAAUUCCAACUGUUUUUGCACCUAGGAGAAAUCCUUUUGACCUUCCCUACAAUGAAGAAAACUUCCCGGAUUCUGCUCCAUCCGCACCGUUGAAAAUGAGAAGCACGUUUGAUCAGACAUGUGAGCAAGAAGAUGAGGGUAGCUCCACUACAGGAGAUAACUCAAGUAAUGUCGAGCCUAUUCUUGUUCCAUCUCAACCACAUAUAAGCAUGGCACUUAGGAGGCAUGAGAGCUUCACAGAAGGAGCACCAUUCCUCAGUGACUUCUGGCAAGAUUUACAGCCAUCUCGGUUUAGACCACAUUUUGUUAUGGAAAAGAGGGCAAGUGACGGACAUGCGGUUCCCAAUCUUGAAGGAGAAAAUAGUGAAAAUAGCUCUGUUCAUGACUCGGAAAGUACUUCUUCAGUUACUGAUCAAGGAGUCCAGAAAGAGCUAUUGGAGGAUAGCCGAAACCAAGGACAUGUGUCUUCAUUCAGUCAAACAGAUGAAGAACCUCCUUUGGACCAAAAUAUGAGAGAGAUUCCUUGUCCUCUUGACAUCGAGCCACCGGUACUAAUUAGCGAUUCAUCAGAUGAUGACAUGUCACUACCUGGUGGACAUAUAAAUGAUUGGGAGGAAGCUCAAGACACCGAGAAUUUGAAUUCAUCACAUAGUAUACCGUUGGAAGAUCUUAGCGUUAUGGAAUACCCACAAGAAAUGGAGAUGACAAGCAACGAUUUCCAUCAAAUGUCCCCGCAUUCAGAUGAUCCUGAGUUACUGUCAUCAUCAACAGAAAGCACUAACCCUUUUGAAGUUCAAAAAAAUGAAGAACCAGGCAAGGAACUAGAGAUCAUUGAUGACACCCAGAUUGCUGAUCCAGUGUAUGAUACAAGUCCAUCGGGAAGUGAUAAGCAUUCGACAACGGAUUCAACGGUUAAUGCAUUUUUCCUGCAAGGAGGUAAUGGUUGUACUUUUGAUGCUGAAGCAAGCAUGGAAGAAGGGUGUUCACCAUCAAGGACUAAGGUUGCUUCCAGUGAGACAACUAUGUCAAGUUUGCAUUUAGUGGAGGAAAGCAAACUUAGACAAAGCAAAACAUCAGAGAUAAGUGGGCAUCUUAGCAAGAAUGUUGUUCAUGAGAUGUCUUGA